CUUUUAUAUACGUGAAAGCUGCAUUUAUUAACAACACUAUAGAAAGUGUAACACUCGAAAGGAAUGUUUUUGGUUGAGAAGAGAGAGAGAGAGAGACGCUGAAGAAGAAGAGAUUGUUAAUUACUUAAUUUAAAGACCUAUUUGAAGCUGCCAAAUCCACUAUAGAGAUUCUUAAACGCGUCAAUUGAUUCUCAUAUGGUUUAACACAUUCAAUGCAAAAAUGCUCUAAAUUCAUUAAAACAAGAAAUAUGCAACCUUCUCAUUUCCUCUCUCUGUGACAUUCCUUAUUUCUUACCACUAUUUAUUGUUGUAUCCUCGUACCUCCUCUUUGUUCUGUCUUAAAGAAACCACCAACCAAGCCAGUAAUAUCUUCAAGAAUCACUUAAACUUUCAUGCUUUUUAAAAAGGGUAACCUUAAAGUCCUAAAACUAAUAUUUUUUUGUCUUUCUUGAAGCUAAUUAUGGAGGGACUAAUGAAAUUUGGAGGAUUAGAAGAACAGUUCAGUCAAUUUUCAGAUAACGCAAUUGAUGAGAAGACCCCAUUUCUGCAAAUGCUACAAUGCAUAGAACCCACUUUUAGUACUGCAGAACCAAACCAGACAUUCCAGUCACUUCUCCAGAGCCAAACCCUAGAACCAGAGAGCUGCCUCACUCUUGAAACCAUCAAAAGAGAUCCGGGUCAAGAUGAAGACCCGGUAAAGGAUCCGAAAACCGAAGAUGGAGCGGCAAAGGUCAAGGAGAAACGAAAACGUAAACGGACAAGAGCUCCAAAGAACAAAGAUGAAGUUGAGAACCAAAGGAUGACUCACAUUGCCGUUGAACGUAACCGGAGACGACAAAUGAACCAACACUUAAACUCUCUUCGGUCUCUUAUGCCUCCAACCUUUCUUCAACGGGGUGAUCAAGCUUCGAUAGUAGGAGGAGCCAUAGAUUACAUAAAGGAGCUCGAGCAGCUUUUGCAAUCUCUAGAGGCUGAGAAACAGAGCGAAGGAGCUAGUGAAAACCCUAAAACGGCGUCGUCUUAUUCUUCAUCUUCUUCUCGUGCAUGCACUAACUCAUCUGUUUCUAGCGUCUCGCCGACGUCGGAAGAUGGGUUUACGGCGAGAUUUGGAGGCGGAGAGACGGCGGAUGUGGAAGCUACGGUGAUACAGAACCAUGUGAGCUUGAAGGUUCGUUGUAAGAGAGGAAGAGGACAGAUCUUGAGAGCUAUCAUCUCCAUUGAAAACCUAAAGCUCUCGAUACUGCAUCUCACUAUCUCUACUUCCUUUGACUUUGUCUUCUACUCCUUUAAUCUCAAGAUAGAAGAUGGGUGUAAGGUACGAUCAGCUGAUGAGAUAGCAACAGCCGUUCAUCAGAUUUUCGAGCAAAUCAACGGUGUAAUGAUGUGGUCAAAUCGCAGUCGAACUUAGUUGACUUCUGACUCUUUUUCUUCCCUGUAGUGUGUUUAGCUUUAGGUUACAAAAUGGAACGUGAAAUAAAUAAAUAAAACCUAAAUUGACUUUUUUGAGGGGGUUAACCAGUUUAAUUGUUCCUUUAGCUUUUAAUUCAAUCGCUGAGUAUUAUAUUUUCAUUUAUGGCCACUUAUAAAUGUUACUGUUGUUGCGUGUGACUUUCGAACUAA